GCAUAUUAAGUCUUUUUGAUUCAACGUGUCUGAACAUUUAAUCUGAAUUAUUUGGCAGCAACAUAGUGAUUCCAGAAAAAAAACUUUCUAAAAACAUUUAAUGGAAAUUCAAACAUGUAUGAAGAACAUUGUGUAUUUUGUCUGUCAUGUUGAAUACAUGCGUACGUUUCAUUAUUUUUUUUAUUUUAUCAAAUAGAAAAUUCAAAUAAACUUGCUUUAAAAAGUGUUUGUGUUUCCUUGUAUUGUAAAAUAUAACUUUAUUUCCAUUUAUAUCCAAGUAGGUUAAAAAACGAUUUUCUCUAAAGGUGUAUGAGCAUUCCUCUAUGACUAUCGUUGACAAAAAUGUGGUGAGAUUUAGUCAAAUGAAACUUAUAUGAGCAUAGAUGACAAAAAAAUGCAACUAGAACCACAUAACAUUUUAGUCAAAACAUAAAAAAAAAAAUGAAGUAUGUGCCGUAAAAAUCAACAGUGGUCUGAGUGAGUGACGGACAAUCAAAAUAGGCAUGAAAAAUGGCAUAUGUUAUAUUGGUGGCCAUUGCCCCCGAGGCCCCCCUUUGGCAGCGCCACUGCAAAAAUGUGAAACUGUGAGAGGUUUCUAAUGUAGUUUUUUACUUGGAUAAUAUGAAGUAUUUUUGUUAACUUUUUUCGAUCUGUGGGUCUUUUUAGAUAUGUUUUUAACCUUAAUGUCAUGUGUCACACUGUGACAGCACAGCUGCUACACUAGCUGAGAAAAAAUAAUCUAAGGACAAAAAUAAACCUGUUUCUUCCCUUUGCCAGCUGACUGACUUCUGCUUUGGGUUCCGGUUGGUGCAAACGUAGGCGGGGAGGGAGGGCUUAAAUGCAGAGUAAAAAAGUUGUGUUUGCCUCGUCUGGAUUGGGAGUUUUAAACUUCGCCUGCUUUUGAGGGAAAUCAUGACAACAUCUAGUUCAAAUUUGCUGCUCCAAGAAGUGUUAGGGGAAACUCUCAUCUAGCAGCCCGUUUUCGCUGUUAAAAUAUGAUGGCCAGCGGGAAUCAGACAGAGUUGUAUUUGUCUGAGCAGGUGGUGGUGUUGUGUACCUGCGCUCUGUCCUUCCUAGGCUCCUCUCUGAUCAUCCUCACACACAUUAUCUGGACGGACCUGAGGACCACCCCGCGGAGGUUGCUGGUUUUCCUCUCGGUGACUGACUGGCUGUCGGCCGUCUCCUACGCCUUCGGAGUCUGGAGUGUUUUCCGCACCGACUCGCCCGAAUGCGUCGCUCAGGGAGCCAUAUCCACUUUCGCGAACACGAGCAGUUUCUUUUGGACCGUGUCCAUCGCCGUGUACCUUUACGUGUUCAUCGUCAGGUCGAGCCAAAGGGUUGCUGACAGCCUGGUACUGUUGUUCCACCUGGUCAGCUGGGGUGUUCCUCUGAUCAUCACUGUCACCGCUGUGUGUCUCAACAAGAUCGGCUAUGAUGCAUCAGAGGUGUCUGUGGGCUGGUGCUGGGUCAGGAUACACGCUCCGGAUCGGGUCCUGUGGAUGCUGCUGACUGGAAAGAUCUGGGAGUUCCUGGCCUACCUCACUCUCCCUGUGCUCUACAUCUUGAUCAAGAGGCAUAUCCACAAAGCACACAUGGCCCUGUCAGAGUACCGUCCCAUCUUGGCCAACAGGCCGCCGUCGCAGUCUUUCUCGUCCAUGGCAGAUGUGAAGCUAACUCUCAUCCCCAUUAUUUUCAUCGUCCUGCGCAUUUGGAGCACGGUGCGCUUCAUCCUGCUGCUGGCUGACUCUCCAGUCAGACAGAACCCGGUGUUGGUCACACUACACGGUAUCGGCAACACUUCGCAGGGAGCUGCCAACUGUGUGAUGUUUGUUUUGUUUACUCAACCCAUCCGCUCUCGCCUAUGCACUGCGCUCUGUUGCUGCUGCUCUAAAUGUCGAGCAGAGGCGCAGCGUUCAGACGGUACCCCACAGAGGCACCAGGCGAGACAGGACUCGUCCACUCAGAGAGAAGAAGAAGAAGACACCAGUCGAGUGCAGACAGACAGAUGACGCCUCGCUCUGUAAUGAGUGAAUUUGGACUGGAUAGCUGUGGUGAAGGAAGCAGUGGAGGUUUCUAUCGUGCAGGAAGCCUCAUUAAGCAUGAGUUGGAGAUGCUGCAGUUGCAUCGUCUUUGUUACAUUUCUUGCACUUUCGGUGUUGGGUUGAUAUUACCUGAAGUUCACUGAUACUUACUUAAGCAGCGUUUCACCUAUAGUUCCUCUGCUGUUUCUUGGUUCUGUUACACCAAAUUAAGGACAGUUGACUGUAGCACCUCUAUUUAUCAUGUACUGUUACUAGGUUACCACUGUGAAGUUGAGCAGCUGGUUGUGCUUAGAGAAGAGAAGAAAAAUGUAAUCGCUGACUUUGUGUCCUGAAUAAAAUGUAAACCUUGUCCUUUAACAUGAGCUUCCAUCUUCACGCUGUUAAUGUUGCCUCAUAGAAGGUUUUGACACAUUACUGCAGAUGUGGUUUGUUUGAAUUCAGCUGAACCUUUCAGAAGGAAAUAUUGUUUCCUCUUUUUAAAAGUUCUUAUUCCAGUCCUGCAGCAGGAUCUUUGGUACUGAAUUUCCAUGGUGGUUUAAUCUGUGUUUGAUUACAUGUUUCUGCAACUAGAAAAAUCAUGCUGGGAUGUAAAAUGUAACAUGUCUGCUUGUGGGUUUGGUCGUUUUUUAGCACUGAUUAACUGAACUGAAUAAAAAUAUGCCUCAUGAUAACGUGAUAUCAGCAGAUGUUGCACCAUGUCUUAGUUUACCAACUCACUGUAAGUAUUUGGAAACUCAGAAGAACACUUCAUAGACUUUUAAAUGUACUGUGUUUUCUAACUUGUUUGGAUCGAAGUUGCUAAAUAUUUUACUGGUUUCACUGGUUUUUCUUCUGGCUUUCCUUUUUUUUUUCCUCAGUGAGAUAAAUCAGGUAUUUUCUCUGGACAAUUUAAUAUCCACAGUCCUUUUCUUCUUUGCUUUGCACAGUGUUAUUUUCAGUUGCCUUAUAGAAAAACUAAGACUUUCCUUAAAGUGGGGAAUGAACCUCUAGAUCUAGAUGAGUUUCUAGAUCUUGUCUGUGUGGGUUUUUGCUUUGCAUAGUUUUACAAAACUGUUCACACUAUUGAGUGUGAUACUUGUCUUACUGUACUUCUAUUGUCAUAAAUUUCUGCUGUUUCUCACCAUAUAUUUUUUUAAUUGUACACUAUAAUUAAAAAAAUUAACUAUUUACUAGA